AUGUUUGUGCGUGAUGAGCAUGGUAAAGUUCAUUUUGUGAAGCCGGAAAAAUCUUAUGAGUACUCCAAUUUAGCCAUGAUUUUCGCAAUUGUUAAAAUUUCAGUUAUAUUCAUCAAUUACAAGGAAUUGAGCGAACAGAGAGAUAAGCCUCUAUUUGAUCUCAAAGAGUCUUUCACAAUUUUGGAUGAAUGUUGUCAAGCUGCUUUGAAUCUUUCUCGAUUUGACAAGAAGCAAAAUAUCAAUGUCUUACUAGCACUGCUAUUACGGAGAAUAUCUCUAUUAUAUAGUGCAGUCGAUGGCGAUGGUGGCGAUGGUGCAAAUUUGCUCCCUGUUAUUCACACUGCAGUCUCUACUGCUUUACAGAUGGGAUUGCACAGAUCUUUGGAUUCCAUCAAUGCAAUUACUGGAAAAGCAUCUUCCGCCACUGGAUUUUCACAUUCACCAAACAUUUGGUGCAAAAUUUGGGCGCAGCUGAAGUUCCUUGAUGCAUUUGGUUCAUUGACUGUUGGGACUCCGCUUCUAGUGAAUGACGAUUUUGCUGAUAAUAGGGAUGCACAAGAUGAGCACCAAAAUUAUUUUAUGCCGGAGAGGGACAAGAUUACUCGUGAUCUUACAGAGCUAUAUCGAGAAGCCUCGUUGGUUUUUAAUUCAAAUCGCCCUGUCUCUUUAAAUGAUAUGGUAUUAACGAUAAUGAAAAUCAUCGAAUUUGAUAAAUCAAUUGGCUCGUUUUUGGACUUGAUUAUGGUACCAACCGAAGACUCGGACAUUGUGGCCUGGAAAGUGAACACCAAGUUUUAUAUUUUAGAGCUGGUGCAAGGUCUAUGCACAAACUUGAGACUGGUUAUGUCAAACCAAAAAUUAUUGAAGCAGGAGUUGAAAGGACGCGAUUUACAAUAUAAUGAAAUCAGACUUUUGGAAUUGUUGGAUCAAAGAUUACUCACUAUCUCACUGAAGUGUGCACUUCUAUCGUAUAUUCUCAUGAACAAAAUAUUACGUGGUGAGUCAGAAAUUUCGAAACCCAAAUACGUGGUUUACUUCAAGCCUCAAAUGACUGCUCUCCUGCUGCGAAGCUCGUUGACAUUUGCCGCAUCAAUUUUCAGCAAUAGCACAAAUUCUACCCAGAAUAUUGACGCAUCUGAUCUAAUCAGAUUUGACAGCAUCGACUAUAAUGCUCUUGAAUUGAGCCUAGCAGAUACAAUACAUGAAGAUUCAUUGCUCAACGAUAUUAUGGCAAAGUUCAAACAUCCAAAACAGCUUGUAAAAUGUCUUUGUGAAUUUUAUCAAAGCGUUUCGGAUAUUGAUGAGCUCGGUACAGAUUAUGGUUUCUUCUGUUGCUUCAAGCUCACUUUGAUGCUUUGUUUCGUCAUUGACUCGACUAACAAGCUGUAUAUCGAACAAGAAAAAAGCGAAAAGUCACAGGAGAAUCUUAGGAUCAACAUAACAAGCAUUGCAAAAAAGACCAGGGAAAUGAUUGAUUCUAACUUGACUUUGGGAGCCACCGAGAGAAAUUUACCAUUUUUUCAAAGUCAAGAAAGUCUUGACACAUAUAUAAACAAUUUAUUCAGUUCCGAUGUGAACCUCAACUGGUCCCGCGUUGAUGCAGGCCAGGAGCUUUACGGAUUGCCUUGGAAUGGAAUUACCGAUGAUGAUGCUCAGAAAACCACUACCAACACGGGAGACCCAAUCGGAAACAUCUACGGUCAGAAUGUUGAUGAUGCUGAAUUCAGUAACAGAUCAUACCAGGUGUUUUUCUGA